AUGGCAGUGCACACCUGUAACCGCAGCACUCCGAUGGCAAGAUGGGAGGCGCGGCCAGGAGAAGCCCCAGAAACUCGUGGACCAGCUCACCUGGCAUCCACAGUGGUUCGCAAGGGCCCUUGUGUCAAACAAGGUCUGCGUGAGAAGAAAAAGAUAGAAAGGAUGAAGGCUGAGGACGGUGAAAACUAUGCCAUUAAGAAGCAGGCAGAAAUCCUGCAAGAGUCCCGGAUGAUGAUCCCAGAUUGCCAGUGCCGGUUAGAGGCUGCAUAUACCGAUCUUCAGCAGAUACUAGAAAGUGAAAAAGACUUGGAAGAAGCCGAGGAGUAUAAAGAAGCACGUGUAGUUCUGGAUUCAGUGAAGCUUAAGCUGUUUAUACAAUACAAGGAUGGGGCUGAGAGGACGUUAGCUUGGGUUGUUUGUAUGGAGAUCAGAUACAAGUGGUACUGA